AUGGCAAAGCAUCACAAGCCCUCUGGGGAGCAGACAGGCCACAGGUCUGACGAAGUACAGCUGCGCGCUGUACCGUCGUGUGAUUCCGUUCGGUCUACUGCCUCCAGAUCCAAAGAUGGGCGGAACCCCCUCAAACCGGUGACUAGGUCGCACAAGUAUACGGCCUCCUGCAUCACGAAAAAGCCUGGACGGAAGCAUGAUAAAGUGACCCAUAGAAAAUGUCUCCAGAUGAUGAGCAACAUCGAGGAAGAGAUUCAAAAAGGACAAGAAGAAAUGGAUAAGGACAGACGAAAGCAUUGUCGGUUGCUGGAACAACUUGAAACCGAGAAAGCCGAAGAAAAUUCGAGAUUGCAGCUGGCUCUCACAGCACGGGAUGCAGCAUUAGCCGAGAGUCAGCGGGUCGAGCGAGAGGUCUCUGAGUUGCAGCAACAGCAGGAGUCCACAAAUGCGGCUCUGGAGGACCAGGUCCCGUGGAAUGAUAUUCUGCUGGUGCUAGAUCAGGCACACGGAGACCUGGUGUCGACGACCACUCGAUUUUGGAACACGGUCGAUGCCCUCCAGAACAAACGACUGGCAUCUUAUUUACCGGGCUCUGGGGUCAUUCAUGAAGACUGGCCCGAGAAAGGAGGCGUGGCUACUCAGGGCGAUGAUUUCCCCUUCAGUUUCUCCGAACCGAAUGUCCCGCUUCCCGAUCAGCAGGAACCCUCUGCAACCAACCAAAAUGGAUCUCUAGAGGGAUGA